UUCACCUACUCUUAAAGUUGCUCGGAAUCCGUAGGAACUGUUACCGUUCUCUAGACGGAGUUGGCACCCUCGCCGAUCCCCUUCGAAAACUUCUCGGCGAGUCGGAGAGGAAGGCGAAGCAUAUUACUUCACUCUCGUCAGAUCUAGGGCUUCUAAUCUCUCUUCCCUCCAACUCCGCUAAUGGCCUCAUCCCACGUAGUUGGCACCCUCCCCGAUCUCCUUCAAGAACUUCUCUGCGAGUCGAAGAGAAAGGCGAAGCUCAUUACUUUGCUCUCCUCUACCCUAGGGUUUCCAAUCUCUCCCCCUCCAGCUCCGCUAAUGGUUUCCUCCCCUUCUUUGUUGCUUUCUCUCAAUUCGAAAAAAGGCCGAAGAAAUUCAAUCGAUUCCGCGGCUCAAAUUCGUUAAGAAGGCCUCAAGAACCGGUGGGAAGAGGAUAGGCCGGCAACUAGGUACCCUUGAUGAAUUCCUAGUAAAGAGAACACCCAUCCGUGUUGUUCCUUCAAAAGUGUCCUGCAUUUGAUAUUUGUCACCAAAAAUAUGUCUUUCUUGGUUUUGAGGAAACUAUUCUUGGGCCUGGAUUGGGAUUCGCUAACAGCGGCUGAAAUCUCGGGCCUCCAAAUCCGCCGCAGUUAAUCUCGGGAUUCUUUUCCUAUUCAAGAUUGAAUUACAGCUGUAAUACUAUAUUUAAUAGCAAUGUUGUUUUUGUUUAGGACUCUUAUAGGGUUGUUUCUUAUACUUGGACUCAAUGAGUGACCUGCCUUAAUAGGCUUUCUCUUGGGUUUUUAAUUGAGACUUGGAUUGAUUCUUUUUCUUCUUCUUGUCUUGGUUUUUUUUAUCCCUUGUUUUUUCCCCCUUUCUUCCUCCUUUCAAGUUCCAACUGUUUCACUUUUUACCCUUUUUUCAUGAACAACAGAAAGUCUCACUUAGGUUCCAAAUUCUCAACAAUGACUAUGGACAUGCACUUUCCAGACAUGUGCAUUGAUAAGGAAACUGCAGUAGAAUAUGUGAAAGAUAAUAAACCUCAUGUAGCAUCAACUGUUGUUCAAGAGAAAGAAUACUAUACUAUUGCAUAUGAUGAAUCAACUCCUGCAAAUUGCAAUCUAAUAGAAAGAUUUGAUGAAAAAGGAACCCCAGAUAUUGUAAAUGGAGUCUCAAAUAGAUCAACAAUGGCAAGCAAACAGAGUUUUUCUGCUAAUAUUAAUGGUCUUGAUCAUACAUCUGCUUUUACUGGUAUUUCUGCACAACUGAGCCGGCAGUUCUGGAGUGCUGGUGAUUAUGAAGUCAGACAAGCUCAUGGACUAGCAUAUCAAGAUGGUCAAAAUCAUUUAAGUGUCCAUCCCAAAUUCCUCCAUUCUAAUGCUACUUCUCACAAGUGGGCUUUUGGUGCUAUAGCCGAGCUUCUUGAUAAUGCGGUCGAUGAGAUACAAAAUGGUGCUACCUUUGUCAUUAUAGAUAAAAUUGCAAAUCCACGAAAUGGAAAUCCUGCUUUGCUGAUUCAAGAUGAUGGAGGUGGGAUGGAUCCAGAAUCCUUGCGGCAUUGCAUGAGCUUUGGCUUUUCUGCUAAGCAACCAUGUUCUUCAAUUGGACAAUAUGGAAAUGGUUUCAAGACUAGCACCAUGCGACUUGGGGCAGACGUUAUUGUUUUUACCCGCUGCAAGCAUGAAAGGGAAUUGACUCAAAGUGUUGGACUCCUUUCCUAUACCUUUCUAAGACAGACAGGUUGCAGUGAUAUAGUUGUACCAUUAGUGGAUUACAAAUUUGAUCCAUCCAGUGGUGUAUUUAAAAGGUUAUUCCGACAUGGUCAAAAGCAAUUCUCCUCUAAUUUGUUUAUGCUCUUAAGAUGGUCCCCUUUUGCUACAGAAGAUGAGCUCCUAAAGCAUUUCAAUGACAUGGGACACCAUGGGACAAAAAUUAUUGUGUACAAUCUAUGGUUCAAUGAUGAGGGGAAGAUGGAGCUUGAUUUUGAAUCUGAUACAGGGGAUAUUAUGAUCAGUGGAGCACCUAAGCCCGUGCAAACUAAUAGCAUUUCAAAGAUGCUAACUCAAAAUCAUAUUGCAAAUCGACUCCGUUUCUCCCUGCGAGCAUACUCCUCCAUCUUAUAUUUACACUUGCCUGAAUAUUUUAAAAUUAUUCUGCGUGGGCAAGUAAUUGAGCAUCACCAUAUAGCUAGUGAUCUUAGAUAUUGUGAAUGCAUCAAGUAUAAGCCACAAGUUGGGGGAAGGACAGAGGCUGAGGUCAUCACAACCAUCGGAUUCUUGGAGGGUUCCCCGCAAGUUAAUGUUCAUGGAUUUAACAUAUACCAUAAAAAUCGUCUUAUAUUGCCUUUUUGCCGAGUUGUUAAUUCUACAGGCAGCAAAGGUAAAGGUAUUGCUGGGGUACUAGAGGCAAACUUUAUUAAACCUACACAUGACAAGCAAAGUUUUGAAAAGUCGAUCCUUUAUCAAAAACUUGAAUCACGCUUGAGGGAAAUGACCUAUGACUAUUGGGGGUGUCAUUCCCAUUUAGUAGGUUACACCAAAAACUUUUCCCAUGCAUCCCGAGCUCCAAAUGCUGCUUUCCAUCCACUGCCUCCCUUAGGAUGCACCGUGGGACAAGUAAUUGUGAAUCCUAGAGCUCCGCAAGUUCGAAGAGACAAUUCCUCUAACCUAUCAGCAACCAUCCAAGUUGUGACUGGACCAUGUGCUGCAUCAUGCUCAACACAGGGAGAAUAUAUGCACAAAUGUAGUGCCAGUUCCACAACAGGUUUGUUAGAGAAAAGGAGAAUUGAGAGUAUUGCAGGAUUUGAACCAUCAAAAAGGCUGGCUCUGUCUUGUGAAAAGGAUGAUGGGAUUGUAAAAGAUUCUAGUCAGCAAAACAGGUUUGAUAAUGAUGUUGGACAGCGGCGAGCACAGAUUUUGACUAUGAUGCAGGAAAAUAAGAAGAUUCAUGCAGAGUGUUUGCACUAUGCGAAGAUGCAGCAAGAGCUUUCUCUCAAGGCUCAAAGGCUUAGGGUAGAGCUUGGACAAGUUCAGAAGCUGUACAAGAACCUAACAGUGGAGCUCCUUUCGUUGGCCGAUGUCAAGUUGGAAAAUCAUAAAUGGAUAUAGAUCUUUUCUUUGGUACCUGCAUAUAUGUUUUCACCUUCCUUUAUGGCACCUUGAGCCUUCUCGGGCAUUAGGCUGAAUAUUAGUAGCAAAUAUGGAGAUGAUGAGUACAAUUCAAGAGUAAAUCCUAUAUAUCCUACAUCUUUUGAUAUUGAUUAUUUGUAGAGCAACUGAAUAAUAUUCUUCUUGGUUGUAUUUUAUUGACACUCCUUGGAGACCAUAUAAUGGAAAUAAGUUGUCUUUUAGAUGUGUA